CAGGGAAGAUAUCAAUGUUCUGGCCAGGGAAAACACCAAGACUGAUCAUCAAGGACCCGGAAAUGAUGAAGGAGGUUCUGUCUAACAAGCAAGGGCACUUUGGAAAGCCACCUCUAAACACACUUGUUCUUAUUCUGACAAGAGGGCUGACAACCCUAGAGGGUGAGACAUGGACUAAACGCAGGAGGGUACUCAAUCCUGCAUUCCACACUCAGAAAAUCAAGGUUAUAAUCUAACACUAGUUUCUUCUGCUUUUUUUUUCAUUCGACCAGACAAUUAUUCUCCAUAACUAGGGUUAUUAAACUGUUGAAGGGGAUGAUACCGGGAUUCUCGAUCAGUUGCAACUUGAUGAUAGAACGGUGGAAGAAGAUGACUAGUGAUAAUGAAACUGGUGAAUUGGACAUCUGGCCUGAACUUCAAAAACUCACCGCAGACAUUAUUUUGCGAGCGGCCUUUGGUAGCAGCUAUGAAGAAGGAAAGAAAAUGUCUGGACUACAAAAAGAGCUAAUCACAUUGGUUAUUGAAGCAAUGCAGACCAUAUACAUCCCUGGUUUCAGAUUUCUGCCAACAAAGAAUAACCCAAAGAGAAAUAAGUUGGUUAAGGAAAUCACAUCAAUAAUGAAAGAUUUAAUCCAGAGGAGACAGAAUGCAAUCAGAAGUGAACAAUCCAAGGUUGAUGAUAUACUAAGCCUGCUCCUGCAACGCACAGAAGAGAACAGUAUGACACAGAAUACAAAUGGCACCAAAAGUGCUGAGAUAACAAUUGAAGAGGUAAUCGAGGAAUGCAAGCAGUUCUACUUGGCUGGCCAAGAAACAACUACGAGCUUAAUAACAUGGACCAUCAUAAUCUUAUGUAUGCACCCAGAUUGGCAACAAAGGGCAAGAGAGGAAGUUCUGCAAGUUUGUGGAAAGAAAGAUCCCGAUUUUGAAGCUAUAUCACAUCUCAAGACUAUAAGUUGUCCAUUCUUUACUUCUUUUUACUAGAGUUUCUUCGUUUGCUUUGUUUUUGAUUACCCCAAAGGUGAAAAUCUUCAUUCUAAGCUCCCACUCCAGUCCUAUACGUAAAAUGAUCGGUAUCAAUAUCAGCUAAGUAUCCGAAAAAUGGUCCUGGGUUAUAUCAUCAAAGAACAAAUAUUUGAGGUGUUUGUAAACAUGCUGAGUCUUUCCCCUGCAGGUAACUAUGAUACUGUAUGAAGUUCUAAGGUUGUAUCCACCUGCCAUUGCUAUAUAUAUAUGCAUACCUACAAGUAGACCAAGAUUGGAGACAUCUCCAU